GAGCGAGCAUGUUGUCAGCCACACUGAUGAGAGCCUGGCCAAACUAGGCCGCAGCCAUGGAGACGAGGGCGGACUGCCCCUACGAGCUCUUGGGCGUGUCUCGGGAGUGGGAUCGAUCGAAACGCAGGGGUCUGGGAUGAGAGGAGGGUUUGGAAGCUGCUCCAGGUGAGCCUUGGUGGAACAGAAGCAUCUCAUCUUGACCACAGCACCGUCUUGCCACUUUUGGGAGUCGUGGGGGUCGGUAGGGCUGGUUUUCAGUGGCGUGGCUUUGUCAAAGGUUGGAUGCCGCGAUCCGACAGAAACGAUCCAACAUGUACAUCCCGACAUCGCCAAAGUAAGCGCGGCCAAUCGGUGCCGGAUUUUUCAUCGUCAGACACGGCUGCCUGACAUUUCACCGAAAACGUACCUGGAACGUGGCACAUGGGAAGAAGGAAGCAUUGCUGGACCCGGACCUCACCACUUGCUGUCGACGGUUUCAAGCUUAGACGAAGAACCAAGCAGGAUGCAGGAGGGUUCUGGUCCUGCACUUCCUAAGCUGCAGGACCUACAGAGCAAACCGUGGAUUUCUGAAUCCUUGAACUUCUUACAUUGCCCAGGGUCUAGGCCAAGAUCCUGGAGUAGAUGGAGGAAAGAACAUGUCUUUGGCCAGUAUCAAUCGCUCCCAAGAUCCAUUCAUGACAUGAUUCCACCAUGAAAACCAGGGUUUCCCGCCAGGAAGUUUGUUUUGUUGGACAGGCUUCUGCCGCUUCUUGACCUCCGUCCUUGGCUGAAACUCUCCAUCGCCACGAACGAGCGCGUCGCAGGACGCGCUCGAAUGCAUCAUCCAGACAAGGUGCCGGAGGCCGAAAAGCUGGCCGCCGAGGAGCGGUUCAAGCGUCUGUCAGAGGCGCACGACCUGCUGGCAGAUCCCGAGCGUCGCGAGCUCUACGACCGCUUCGGCAUCCAGGACCCCAAUGUCUUGGCGCAGGACCAGUGGGACAUGGGGGAGGCGGGCAUGCACGGCUUUGAGAACUUUGAGGAGAUCCUCAAGGAGUUCUUCCAAAAUGCCGGAGGAGCACCUCCGGAGCCUGAGCGGGACUUGCAGGACGUUUGGGAGGGCAUUUUGGGCUUCACCCUCCUUAGCUUGGGUGCUGCCUCCUUGGCUUGUGUAGCCUGGCUGGUUCGGCGGCCGCCCUUGUCGGGCGUGUUGUCCUGGUGUUGGUGGAGGUGCCGCUUCCUGCUCUUUGACCUCGGCUUUGGAUAGGCAACAGCCCUGCACGGGGUUUCCUCGUGUCCCUGUGGCCGGGUCCCAUGCGCAGCCUCGCGGUGUGCCGUGUGAUCCGGCAGCGACGUGGGAUCUGGAGACACCUUGGACUUGAAGUAGGUUGAAGGCC